ACUCCCACGAUUCCCCAUGCCCAAUCAACACCCACCUCGCUGCUCCCCGUCCCCGGAGCAGCUCGCCGUCGCCGCCUGAGCUCCGAAUCCAAUCCGCCAUGCCGGCCGCCGAGAGCUGCCACUCCCGCAGCCUCUCGUGGCUCGUCAAAUCUUGCAUCCCCGCCGACCCCGCCCGCCACAUCGCCGUCCCCGUCCCCAUUCUGGCUCAUCCGGCAGUUUGCCCCACCCUCCAACCACCUCCUCCCUCGUCGGCGUCCCACAUCUCCGCCCUCCCGGAUGACCUCCUCCUCGAGUGCCUCGCCCGCGUUCCCCGAGCCUCCAUCCCGCCGCUCCCAGCCGUCUGCCGCCGCUUCGCCACGCUUCUCGCCUCCGAUGCCUUCCUCCACCUCCGCCGCGCCCACGCCCAGCUCCGCCCCUCUCUCCUCGCCCUCUCCGUCUCCGACAGUGCUUGCAUCGCGCAAGCGCUGCUCCAAUUCGACGCCUUCUCUCCCGCGCUCGAGGUCGCCGCGCUGCCCCUGCCCCCGACCCUGCUGCAUUGCGGCGGCUCCGUGUUCGCGCACGCCCGCGCGGUCGUGCUGGGCCGCGAGGUCUUCCUCAUCGGCCGUGGUGCCACGCUACGCGUCGACGCGCUCACCGGCGCGGCCCGUGCUUGCGCGCCGACGCUCUUCCCGCGGAAGAAAUUCGCCGCCGCCGCCGUGGGCGACCGGAUCUAUGUCGCCGGCGGGUCCGCGCGCACCGCGGCGGUCGAGGAGUACGACCCGGAAGCAGACGCGUGGCGCGUGGUCGCCGAGGCGCCGCGCCGGAGGUACGGCUGUGCCGGCGCGGCUGCCGGAGGCGUGUUCUACGUCGCCGGAGGUGUCGCGGUGUCCGGCGAAGCCGCGCGGGCGCUCGAGGCACACGUGUGCGCCGGGUCGGUGGACGCGCUGCACGUCGCGUCCGGCACCUGGGCGCGGCCGCGUGCUCUCCCCGGCGGCGGCUGCGUCGUGGGGGCGUGCGGCGUCAGCGAGCACCUCUACGUGAUAGCCAGCCACGCGGUGGAGCUCUCCUUCUGGAGGUGGUGCGGCGCCACCGGCCGUGGCGGGGACGGCAGAGGCUGGGGCGGGUGGGUGGCCCUCGAGGCGCCGCCCAUGCCUCGUGGAUCGGUGGGGCUCGGCAUGGCGGUGCGCGUGGCGAUGACCGGCCUAGGAAGCAAUAGGGUGGCGGCCGUGGUGAGCGCGGCCGCCGUGAGAGGACACAACGCGGGCGGCGGCGGCGCGAUGGAAGGGAUGGUGCUGGUGUACGACAUCGCCGGCGGCAAGUGGAGCCGCGCGCCUGACCUGCCACCUGCGUUCCGGCGGGCCGCGUGCGCCGGCGUCGAGUGCUGACAAUGCAGGUUGACGUGGCUCCACAGUUCAGCGAGAUUCCUGCCAUUAGGUUUUUAGGUGAAAAACAGCACGCGGGAGACUGUGGGGACUGGAGGCUGUUGCCAUGGUCCCAUAAAACUGAUUCGAGUUAGACAUGUUGUCUACUUCUCUGUGGCUUCCAGUGAUGCCAACAACGUACCGUCUCGACUAUCGUCCAGCGAGUGAGUACUUGUGCUCACAUUCAUUUACAAUUAUAAGCUUGCAAUUUGCAUCGUGGUCCUCUCCUACUCGUGUAGUUGUGCGCUUCAUAAAUCACGAUGAACGCUGGACACGACUUUCCCACGUGAUUGCACGGUGAGCGCGUUUGAGCAAGAACGAGUAUCCAACUGUUUACUGCCGUAACCCUGUAAUUACUGCUCCCUCUAUCCCAAAAAGAAUCAA